AACGCUAAAUGUCAGAGGUGCUUAUGUGCUCAUACCCAAGACUGCUACCGUUGAACGAGUGGAACCUGUAUCAGUGUAGAGGCUUAGAGUAAAUGCAGUAAAUCUGAGACGUUGGUGGGCGAAGGGUGGGCAAAGUUGUCCAUAGAGUUGGCAAAUGAAGUGGCACGACGUGAGAAUCUGCACAUCGUCCAGAUAGGUGUGUCCACUUUCUCAGCUGGAGUCAGUAUGAACCUUUGCCUUCAUUAGCUGUGGCAAAAAAUGUCAGCGUCCAUCAAUCCACCAUCUCCUGGACAGCUGGAGUCAGAUAUGCAGUCUUUAAAUGGGCUCGCUGAAGUGUCACGACCUGUCAGGACCAUCCGCCUCCGACACAUCUUCGACCCCCAGCCUGUUCCUCCGAGGAAGCCAGUGGCGAUACGGCCCCCCAGCAAUCUGCCACCUCCGAAAGAGUGGGUAACCAGCCAAAGUUUGAACUGUGAGCCAGAGCCCAAGGCCAUCGUGCGGAAGAGAUCCAAGUCCUUCUCCUCUUCCUCCGACCGGAGGACCCGCAGGGGCUCGCAGGUCCGCUUUGUAGACUCUUUGGGCCUGGAGCUUGUGCAUGUGAAGUUCUUUAAAGCUAGCGAAGACCCCACUGUGCCCCUGCACGUCAUCAGCAGGUUGCUGGCUAGCUCCGAGCUCGCCUAUGGGAAGAACUUGGAGCUUUCUUUGCCCUACUUUCAGCCAUUUUUUCCAGAGGACAUGGCCACCCAGCCUGAUUUCCUCCAGCGCCUGAGCCGUCAGCGUGUUUGUCUGGAGCAGGUCCAGUGCUCUGAGUUGGGCAUCAUUGGUACAGCGCAAGUCUUAAACCUGGCCUUUGAGAAAGACGUCACAGUGCGCUAUUCUUUCACAGACUGGAACAGCAGCGCCGACUGCAAAGCAUGUUGGGUUUUUACCAUGCACAGAAACGGAGCUGAGCCAGAAUCCGACGUUUUCCGCUUCCGCCUGCCCGUGCCACCGUUUAUCCUGAAACCUGGAGCAACGCUGCAGUUCGCAAUCCGCUUCCAGGCACUCGGAGUGGAAUACUGGGACAACAACGGUGGACACAAUUACAAACUGACCUGCCAUACGUACAAGCUGACUGUCCCCAAAGAAUGUGAGGACAGCAUGGUGCACUUCACAUAAGCCACCACAAGGAGGUGCCAUGAGAUCUGCGCAUCCCGGUUCAAAAGGAAAGCAUUUUCUUCCAUCUCUUAUAAGAAGCACCCUAGUGCUCAGUUUUCAUGUUUGUCCUUGAGCACAUGAACAAACGCCAGUAA